AAUGAAUCGCAUUGUUUACCUGAGCUGUGAGAGGUGCUGCGGAGAGGCUCUCUCUCACUCCUGUCAAUGAAAAACAUUAUUUAUUGGGCUCUCAGACAAGACAUUUACUUAUAAUGACGGAAGGAUCAACGCAUGGGUCAGGAUCCAUCCAAGAAGUGUGUCAGUUGGUUUGGGGACCAAAUAUCAGACCGGAGUUGUUCGCUCGUUGGUCUCAAGGUUUUAUUUUUAGUGAGCAUGAAAAAACUGCACUAAUUCAAACAAGUGGAGGACCAUGUGCUGUCAUUGCCCCUGUGCAGGCCUUCCUGUUGAAGAAUCUUAUUUCCAAGCAUCAGUUUUCACAACUCAGGGAGGUUGAGAGCACAACAGUAGACCAGUACUUGGCUGCAGCACUGACAGAGAUGCUGUGCCAGUGUAAACAGCCACCUACUGUAACCAUGCACACUGGUGACAAGUCUAAUUCUCCAACUCAUGCUUGUGAUAGUAAUGCUCCUCUUCAGAGAGAUCAUGGUCCUUUUGAAAUAGCUUGUUUGGAUGAUCCCUUGCCUCUAAACAAUGACUGCUCCGGCUCAAGUCCACAAGAGCCAGACCAGCCAACACCCACACCAAGUGCCAAAGAUUACAGUCUUUUCCAUUCCAAUGUUAGAUUAAGGCAGUUUGAAAGUGUCCACUCAUUGCAAAACCAUUUAGAAACUCACCUGGACAAGUACAAAGCCCAGUAUGGGGUUCUCCUCUUUCUUUACUCCAUCAUAUUAACAAAGGGUGUGAAAACUAUGAAUGAAGAAAUGGGAGACCUUGGUGAGAGUCUCAUAGAUGGUAGCCAAGGUCAUGGGGGCCAGGGUCUUAUUAAUCUCCUUAUCACUGGCCGUGCUUCAUCUUAUGUAUGGGAUGGAGUCAAGGAUGUUGGUGGUCUUAGUUUGAUUGGCAUUUUAAAACGCCCAGCUGUGGGGUUUCUAACCCGCUUAGAGCAUCUGCGUUACGUGCAGGUGGGCUGGUACCUCAAGAAUCCCACUAAUCCCGUGUGGGUUAUUGCUUCUGAGACGCACCUUUCAGUUCUGUUCUCGUGGUGCAAGAAGUUGGUGACUCCAGACUCGGAAGUUGAGCGAGCCAAGCAAGUUUUCAGCUGGUAUGACACUGAAGGGAACCGCUUUAUUCAGGGAGAAAAACUCAAGGAUGUUUUGGAGAAGCUUAAUCUUUGCACUGAUGAUGACUUCAUCCAGUUCAUGAUGCUGGAGCUAGAUCCAGACAACAUGGGAGUAAUUCUCUACCACAAAUUCGUUGAAACGUUUUUCACUCCAGAUCAAUCAUAUGCCCCACCAGACACCUUUGUUAUCUAUCACUAUAAUGGACUAGAAUCUUCAUGUCCUUUGAAUAAGAUUCAAUAUGCAGAGGGCUGUGUGACUUUACAAGAGAGCCACGUUGGCUUUGCUGCGAGUAAUUCCGAGUUCCUAACCUGCCUUGCAACUAAAUGGCCAAACCUUGAUAUACAGUGGUCCAACUUCACACCUUCACUUAACUAGCACUACUUAAAAACGUUAUUUUUCAGUAUUCUUAUGCCAUGUUCCGAAUCACAAAUUCAUGAAAAGUGUUAUUAAUACCAGAGAAUGUAAAUCUAAAUAUUGUACGAAUUUAAGUUAUACAAAAAAUUAAGGAAUAGAUGGAGCCAUCGUUGUAUAUUUGUAAAAAUUAUUCGGUUGUAUAUUGAAUUUUUAUUUAAAGAAAUUAAAAAAAAAAAGAGUCCCUAAUUCACAUCUGAAGUAAGGAGUGUUAUUUUAAAAGUGCCAUAAGGCAUAAUUCCGUUUGAACAUACCUGUACAUUCUCUCAUUCCUUGAGUUUGGUACCAGAAGUUUGAUCUCAAGUUGUGGUAUUCAGAUAAGUCAUUACCGGUGAGCAAACUUAUUACAUGAUAAUGAAAAUUUCUUGGUAGUUUUAUUUCGGUCAACCACACCAAGUAAAGUGUUAAAGCUUCACCUUUGUAGCCACUUCCAAACUCUUAGCAUAUCGUAUAUACAGUGUAUUGCAGUUCUUAGUGUGGCUGUGUUUAUGAAUAAUGUGAUACGAUAUAAAUGUGCCUACAAUAUUAAACAAACAUGGAACCCAAUGUUUGGAUACUUAGACAUUUUAAAAAGUGGAACCAUAUACAGUAAUAAUAUUUGUUAAGCACUUUAUAUUUUAAUGUUCUGUGCAGUGCUGUAUUUAUUUGUUUUAAACUUUAAAUAGCAGAGCUAUUUGGUGGCCUAUUGAUAAUUUCUGUUCUGAUAUUUUGUAUUUAUAAUCUCAGGGUAUCAAGAAUAAGUUUUUACUUCCCGUAAACUAUUUAUAUACGGUACGUUAUAUUAAAUAUGGAAUGACCACUAACGAUCAAACUAGCAGCUGUGAUUCAGAUAGAUUUUUGUAUGUAUGCGUGUUUUAUGUAAAGUAUAUAUAUGUGCUUUUUUAGGCAAAGCUUUGAUGUUAGCUUAUAAAGCAACAAAUGUUUUGCCAAACAAGCAAAUGUAAAUUCAUUGUUGCAAAAGGUCAGCAAAAAUGUUAUUCUGAACAUGAUUAAAUUAAUACAUUUCAGUGAUGUCAAAUAACACUUAAAUAAAUUUAGACUGGCCUAAAAUAGAUUGGAGUAGGAUCAGCUAAAUUACCUUGCAUUAAUUUUAGCAAAGUUGCAAGGUUAAGUAAGAUUUCUAAAUUAAUUUUGGUGCAAAAUUAAAAAUUGUAUACCAUGUUAAUUCACAAAAAAUAUAUCUGUCAAUGCAUAAAAGAAGAUUUUUGAAAUGAUCUAUUUUUAGAUUUGUCAGCCUUUGUAAUGUGCAAAUUGGUGUUCUACUUUAAGUUAUAUAAUGCAUACUGAAUCUUCAUGGACCAUUUGGAAACUUAGUUGUGACAUAGCACCAUAUACCAUACCUUUACAAAUAUUUAAAUCAUCACAAGAUAACCACAAAAAAAAAAAAAUCCAAAUUACAAAAGGCUUUGGAAGUUUCAAUACUGCCAACUUCUUUGUCUCAGCAAACACACCAUUCUACAGUUUGACUUUCUUGGGAAUUCUUUUCCUUUUGCUUAUUUAUGGGUUAUGGUCUUAGCCCUGUAUUUUCAUAUUUAAAAAAUGAACAUAAUGAUACCCACCAUGGUAAUUAUCAUUUCCAUUGAUAAAAUCUGAAAGAAUCACUAGUGUGUGUGUCUAGUGACCUAUUCAUGUGAAGCAUUAUAUUGAAUAAGCACCAAGCCAACUAUGAUUUUCAUGAGCUUUGCAGAAAAUUUCACCAUUGUUCAUUAAUUUGAUUUCUCUUUGGAUAUCUUCAGUGUACAAUGUGUAACCUACAUCCUGUUGUACAUUAAAUUGUAACUUGAUUGUUGUAAAUAACAAUUUGCUUAAAAAAAAUCUG